GUUCUUCACACUCAUCUCUAACCUCUCUCUCUCUCUCUCUUCUUCUUCUUCUUCUUCUCGCCAGAUCCAACUUCACAAGAGGAGGAAGAGGAGGAAGAGGAGGAGGAGGAGGAGGAGUUGGAAGAUGGCAUCCACCUCCUCCAAUUCGCCCUGUGCUGCUUGCAAAUUCCUCCGCCGUAAAUGCCAACCGGAAUGUGUUUUCGCGCCCUAUUUCCCGCCGGAUCAGCCUCAGAAAUUCGCGAAUGUUCAUAAGGUAUUCGGCGCUAGUAAUGUCACUAAACUUCUCAACGAAUUGCAUCCUCACCAGCGGGAAGACGCUGUUAAUUCUCUCGCUUAUGAAGCCGAUAUGCGUCUCCGUGAUCCUGUUUAUGGCUGUGUUGGAGUAAUUUCUCUGCUUCAACAUCAACUCUGUAAACUCCAAAUGGAUCUCACUUCCGCUAAAUCCGAACUCUCUAAGUAUAAAACCCUAGGCAUUGGGAACCCCGCCGCUCUGAUUUCUUCGCCUUCUCCUCUUACUGCACAGCGGAACCACCAGCCGACGUUUAAUUUUGGUAGAGAUCAACCUCAUAGUCUCUGUUACGAUCAAUUUUUCCCUCGCGAUCAACAACAACAACAACAACAACAACAACAACAGAUGAUGCUCCGACGAAGCUUCGACGGUGGUACUAACUACGAUGGACUUUUGGCCGUCAAUGUCACCGUCGGUAACCUUACCCACCCGUUCCAGCAAUCUCGCGCCGCUGCUGGAGACGAUCGUCGCGGAACUCUCGACCAUUCUUAGGGUUUGGUUUUCUUUUCUCUUUCUUUUUUUUCCCCUUUUUUUCCUGAAAAAAAACCAUAAACUGUUGCGGAAAAACGUGAUUUUCCUGCUAAUUUAUAUAUAUAACAAUAAAAUUAUUAUCUAUUUUUGUUUUUAU